AUUCACUGCUCCCUGCACCCUGUGCGCGCUUCUACCCAAAACAAGUGCACUGGAUUCAGCGCUGCCCGCCGAACACAGCAGUACAACAUGAGUGACACUGGCAAAGACACCGUCUCUACUAAAGAGAAGGACGGAGCAGAAAAGAGAGGAAGAGGGAGACCCAGGAAACACCCACAGGAGGCCAGCGGUUCCCCGACACCGAAGAGGCCCAGGGGUCGACCAAAGGGCAGCAAGAACAAGUCGAGCUCCACAUCCAAGGGCAAAAAAGCAGCUGCUGCGUCAGCAUCUGCAGGGACCAAGCGCAGAGGAAGACCCAAGAAAGCGGAGAAAGAGGAGCAGGCAUCCAAGUCUUCCGAGGAGGAGGAGGAGGAGGAAGAGGAGGAACAGUAGAUCUGCAAUCAGUGCUACCUCGCUACUCGUUAUCAUCACUUCCCGUUCAACCAGAGCUGGACUAAAACCUGCAAAACAAACAAAUCGACAAAGCGUGCCACUCUCGCUCUCAUCCUCCGUCAGCUCAGCACACUACAACAGUGUCUGUUCUCUGUUCUGUCUUUACCACCACUGGAAAUGGACUGACUCUCGAAUACUGUACGUGUGUGUGUGUGUGUGUGUGUGUGUGAGACUGUGUGUGUGUGUGUGUUUGCUUGCCUGUACAUCAAACGCUCCGUGCAUAUUUCGUUUUGGUUUUGCAUUAUACUGGACAAAGAUUUGCUCUGAUGGUCGUCUUAAAGUCUUCAUGCAGUUUCAGACGUUUUAAAGAAUCCGAUUCGAGGUCGUGUGCUGGACAAAGGUGAAUCAACCGACUUUUAUCGUUUCUGUGUGGGUAGGAGGGGGCAACCGGGCUUUUCCUUCAUUAUUAUUUUAUUUUUUUAUUUUUUAGCCGUGGUGGUGGAAAGGUUGGGGGGUUAAACGUGUGUGUUUUGUGUGUCGAUGGAACGGAUACCAGAUUAAACUCGUCUUCACCUCGUUUACUGUUGAAUCGCCCCGGUGUGUUUCCUGAUCGCCUGAUCUGGAGACGUUCCAGGUUCACGUUGGGAUUUUUUCAUCUGUUGUUGAGGAGCAGGAGGAGGAGGUUUGACUCGGUUCUCCUGCUGCAACCAUUGACAUGUAAUAAAGUUUUUUAUGGAAGUCCAAAAGGCCGUGCAUUUCAUUUCUUCUGUCCCGUUCAGAUAUUCAGGCCUGCAUCAUCACACUGAGGAACUAGUGGGCAUUUUCUAGCUGUUUAAUCGAACUGGUUUUGCUAUCAGCUUGAAAAGAUGGCACAUAGAGAAACCAUGGAUAGGCAGAUCACUUCAAAACUCCAAGUUGCCAUCAACUGAGGGCGUACCGGUCCCUUUUGUAAAUGAAUAUCAUACAUUUUAGAGCUGGAUGUUGCCUGAAACUAGAUACAGAGACCACGAGUCCUUCUGGAUACCUUCAACAUGUUGGUUUUGGUCAGAUUUUUGCCUCUCACGGCAUGUGGGACUUAAUUACUGUCCUUAAUUAAUCAGGUUUCGGCAUUUAGCGGACGCUUUUAUCCAAAGCAACUUGCAGUACAGUGACGGUCUGAGCAAUUGAGGGUUAAGGACCUUGCUCACGGGCCCAACAGGGCUUGAACCACCAACCUUUAGAUUACUAGUAUAGUACCUUAAUCGCUGGGCCACAACUGUCGUAUAUUAAUGUGAGUGUAGACAGUCUAAGCAACCCAGGGUUUAAGGACCUUGCUUAAGGGCCCAGCAGUGGCAACCUGGCAGUUGUCGGGCUUAAACCAGUGACCUUCUGAUUACUAGUCCAGUACCUUAAGGAGUUAAUGAGUAUUAUUUCCCUCAUAAGGUCAUAGACGUAAAAAUCAUUCAUUUCGUUUCAUCAUCAUAGCCAGUCAGGUCUGUGUAGACGCCCAGCCAGGUGAUAGCACCGCCGGGAUUUGAACCUGGGUCCCGGUGGUGGUGGUGGGCUCCAUCCGAACCCCUGUACUAAUAACCAAGAGGAGAAAUGUACCUACAUGAUCUUUUGGGUUUUCAUGCAUCAAACGUUCCACCUCGAGCUCUUUUGGACUUCCAUGCAGCCCCGACGCGGUCAGUCCGCUGUUGCUCUACGUUCAGCGUUCUGGUGGGUCCCAGGGGGGUCGUGCUUUUUGUGUUUUGGUCGAAUCGGUCCGUCGAGUGUCUCGGAUCUUUUAUUGCUGCUACGAACACAGAAACCCGGAAUACUGCAACGUCACACUCGUACCUCACUUUGUGGCAGUGUGGGACGGCUCACCGGUGGUCAGACCACAGUGUGUGUGAGCAAACGUCUUCUUUUUAUUGUGUCCAGUACGAUCUGGUUUUUUUGUUUGUUUGUGUGACUAACAGUAGGAUUUUUUAAAUCAGCGUCGUUCAGAACUGUGUGAACGUCAGUGCGCCGCGUUAUGUGGGAUUUUCUCUCUCUCAUUGGUAAAUAUUUACCAACACGUGAAGUGCAGACGUGUUAUCAGCUAUAGUCUCAAACAGGUCCUCACAUUGCUGCUGGAGUUAUUCAGACUUAGAAUAAUUAUUAUAGGUUUAUUAUGGUAUAAUAAUAAUAAUGUAGUACAGUACAACUUUAGCGCUCUGUCUGAACAUGAGGUUCAGUUCCUUAGUAAUAAAUCACCAGUGUGCUGUGAGGGAGACUAUGAUGAGGGCAUUUAUGACCUAAAUUCGAUGAUCAGUGACAGGAUGGUUAGCACAGUGGGUGCAGUAUGUAUCAUCUGGGUAUUUGGGGUAUUUUUUGUACACCUCUUCAUCAGAAAUAUGCAGAAGUGCUUGUGACUGGGGUGUGAUUACUUGUGAGGAUUAAUCCACUGCAAAACAGCGCCACCUAUACGGAAAAAUAAGCAUACUGCACCAUCUGUGCUACAAACUGCAGGUUCGAAUCCCAUCCCUCGUCACAAUCAGUGAUUAAACUAAUAUGAAUGCAUUAGAUUGUAAUCGUGACUGAUCGCAGGUUUAUCGAUGUGACUGGGUUUUAAUUCUGUGUAAGUCUUGGUACGAAAUCGCUUCCAUCAACCGCUUAAUCCUGGUCAGGGUCGCUGCAGGUCUGGGAGCCCUUCGGCCACCCGACCUUCCUUCACACGCCAGCUGAGAUUCAAACCCCGGAUCCCGUCGGUGGUCCCAAAGCCUGCUGCUCCACCCGAGCACCCUAAAUCCGUUUCAGUUUUGGAAAUUCGACCCCCUCCUUCCUUCCUUCCUUCCUUCCCCCCGAUCUGUGGAUGUUCUGGAUGUUAGUGUGCGCCUGCACCCCGAUGGAAACGUUUGGGAUCAGUCUUUACGAUGUACAAACUGUCUUUUUUAUUGUGGCCUGCGAGACUUUGUAUUCAGACUGGUAAUAAAGUUAAUGAUUCCUACA